UCAAAUCGGUGUAACAAAACGAAUUCUUUACAGGUGCUAUACAAGCAGGGGACGUAGCUUUGAGUAUAGUCAUUCUCCAGAUAAUGUUUGGUGAAUUAUGUUUUUCAUUUGGGAAGACGUGGGAAGGAGGUUAAAAAGAAUUAUCGGACCCACACUCCAUUUCAGAAGGUGGCAGCAACGUACCAAAAGUUCUUUGCAGCUCAGAAAACGAUAAUUAUAAUAAGAGAACAACAAGUCAGCGAGAAAUGGUUGUCAGUGACUAAAGAGAUCAUGGCACCCAGUUGAGUAAUUUUCUUAAUUUGCGCGCUAAAAUCCAAUGUUAACAUAUUUUGUGCCAAGGCAUAUGGCGUCAGGUCGCUUUUUUUAAUGUGCCCAUUACGCUCGUUUCUACGUAGUUUGAGCUCUCGUUGUUGUGAUAGCGACCUGACGCCAUAAAGCCGCCACUGUUUCCUUCAGCGAAAUACGGCGAAAGUUAUGAUGCCGAGCUGGAGGUGCACAAUAAUAGCUCACAUCACUCCGGAAUGGAGAAAACAGUACAUUCAGUAUGAGGCUUUCAAAGAGAUGUUGUAUGCUGCUCAGGACCAGGCCCCGUCCAUUGAAGUGACAGAUGAGGACACCGUUAAAAGGUAUUAUGCAAAGUUUGAAGAGACAUUCUUCCAGACAUCUGAAAAAGAACUGUCCAAGAUUAACACAUUUUACUCUGAAAAGCUGGCAGAAGCUCAGCGGAGAUAUUCCACUCUACAAAACGAAUUGCAGUCAUCAUUGGAUGCCCAGAGGGAGAUUGCAAUGAAUGGGCGGGGUCUUCAAAGGAGGAAAACAGUCUUUACCCUAUCACAGCAAGAGAGAUGCAAGCACAGAAAUAUAAAAGACCUUCAGCUGGCAUUCUCAGAGUUCUACCUUAGUCUAAUUCUGUUGCAGAACUACCAGAACCUGAAUUUCACAGGUUUCAGAAAGAUCUUGAAGAAGCAUGAUAAGAUUUUGGAUACAUCACGAGGUGCUUACUGGAGAGUUUCCCAUGUUGAAGUGGCUCCGUUUUACACUUGCAAGAAAAUCACACAGCUGAUAUCCGAGACUGAGGCAUUGGUCACAACAGAAUUGGAAGGUGGUGACAGGCAGAAGGCCAUGAAGAGACUGAGGGUACCUCCUUUAGGAGCUGCACAGCCGGCUCCUGCUUGGACCACCUUUCGAGUUGGACUAUACUGUGGAGUUUUUCUUGUCUUGUUGGUCACUGUUAUGAUUACAGGAGCUGUUGUGUUUCCCAUCACUGACAUUUGGCCAAUGAUCAGGAUCUACAGAGGAGGCUUCCUGAUAAUAGAAUUCCUCUUCCUCUUAGGUAUAAACACCUAUGGAUGGAGACAAGCAGGAGUCAACCACGUGCUUAUAUUUGAACUCAAUCCCAGAAAUAACCUAUCCCAUCAACAUCUCUUUGAGAUUGCUGGUCUUUUGGGGGUGAUGUGGUGUGUAAGCCUCCUGUCAUGUCUAUUUAGUGACAGCAUUCCAGUGCCAAUGCAAGCCAAUCCUUUGGCUCUUUAUGGCUUCUUCAUUCUCUUUCUGAUCAACCCAUUCAAGACCUGCUACUACAAGUCACGCUUCUGGCUUCUGAAACUUCUGUUUCGGGUCAUGACUGCACCAUUCCAUCAUGUUGGCUUUGCAGACUUCUGGUUGGCUGACCAGUUAAACUCUUUGGGCAUUGUGCUGUUAGAUAUGGAGUACAUGAUCUGCUUUUACAGUUUUGAACUUGAGUGGGAAAAACAUGAUGGACUCAUCAGCAGUGAAGGUAACGAUGUGUGUAAUACCUACUCCUAUGGCGUCCGUGCAGUGAUUCACUGUCUUCCUGCUUGGUUCAGAUUCAUCCAGUGUCUUCGUCGUUACCGGGACACGAAACGGGCUUUCCCUCACCUGAUCAAUGCUGGGAAAUACUCCACUUCUUUCUUUGUUGUAACUUUUGCUGCACUCUACAGCACACACAAAGCUCAAUCCUAUGAUGAUGCCAAGAUCUUCUUCUACUUGUAUGUCACAUGUUUGGUGAUCAGCUCAUGUUAUACACUUAUUUGGGAUCUAAAGAUGGACUGGGGCCUUUUUGACCACAAUGCUGGAGAAAACGUCUUUUUGAGGGAAGAGAUUGUCUACCCACAUAAGGCCUAUUACUAUGGUGCCAUUGUGGAGGAUGUGCUGUUAAGAUUUUCAUGGAUUCUAUCUAUCUCCCUCAGCACAAUUACCAGUGUUUGUGGCAUCUCUGACAUACUGGCAACUGCACUGGCCCCAAUGGAGGUAUUCAGACGUUUUGUGUGGAACUUCUUCAGAUUGGAGAAUGAACAUCUGAAUAACUGUGGUGAGUUCAGAGCUGUCAGAGACAUUAGUGUGGCUCCCCUAAAUGCUGAUGACCAGACCCUGCUGGAGCAAAUGAUGGAUCAAGAGGAUGGAGUCAGGAACAGACAGGGCAAAAAGAGUUGGAAACGGAGCUACAGCAUGAGUCUACGGAGGCCGAGACUUCCCUCACAUUCCAAGACACGUGACACCAAAAUUUUGAUGGAUGAUACAGACGAUGACUCCUGACAUCAGGCCACGCCCCUUGCUUGGGUCCAGAAUUUAUUCAAAGGGGGUAAUGCUUCCUCCUAAUCAGGAAAUUACCCAGCAAGUUGGGCUCUGACCUCACCUGAGUUUCAGACUUACAUGCCUAUGGAAACGUCUCCAUGGGUGAGUCUCUGCACAGAUUCAGCGCUAUUUCGAAAGAAGAACAAGCAGGACUGAGAGUGCAAUCAAAACUGUCACAGAAUACUUUUACCUGUAAUUUAGCUUCACUUGUACCUUCGAGAAUCUGACCUCACCCUCCCAGUGAGUGGAACACUAAUAUCUCUGUCAUCUACUCACCCCAGAUGUCUUGAAUUAAACCCACUCCUUAACAUUCAUCUCCUACAAUCCUCCACUGAGGAUGAACAAUCCAGGUUUUUGAAACCCAACCAGACAUCAGACAAGCGCUUUCUGUACUCAACUUGGAUGCACUUUCAUCAUUUAAGCAGACUUGAAACCACUCCUGCUAAGGUCUCGAAAAAGCACCUCAGUUGACGUGUUUCAGGUUCAUACUUUCAUUAGACAUACACUCCAUAGAAGAAGUAAGAUUUUACUGACUGUGUUCACCAUUAUAUUUCAUAGUGUGGUCAUAAAUGGAAUAUGAUGCACACAUGCUACAAAUAGCACUUAUUUGUAACUGUGGUUAUGGGUAGUAAAUGGACAAGUCGACUGGGGUAUAGAAAAUGGGUUUUGAAAUGUUAAUUAUAGUUCCAAUGAAUGUCAUCUUCCUAGCUUUCCAAACACCCUAUCGUGUGUGAAACUAUAUCCAUAAGCCUAUGUAUAAGUUAGUAUUAGUAGAAUGUAUGUUACGUACAGAUUCUGUAACUCGAGGCAAAUAAAUUUGAAAAUGCUUG